GUAGUUUUCCACCGAAAAAUGGCCUUAUCAUUCUACGCGUUGCUCGAAGCGGCUCUUCUCGUCCUCAACGGAAUCGCGAUUCUUCAUCGUGAACGAUUCUUGAAAAAGUACGGACUCGGUGCCCCAUCCCACUCAUUUGACGGUUCCAACUCGGUGAAGGAUCAGCUGGUUUCCCUGAUUUUUGCCGUUCAAACAGUCAUGCGAAUGCCUCUCAUCGCUAUCAACAUUGUGGUGAUCGUGUUCAAGCUGAUUCUGGGUUAAUUUCUUCGUUUUUCGUUCGCCUUCUUCAAUUUAUCUAUUUAUUUCUGUGUAUGAUAACUAAAUAUAAUUGAC